AUGAUCUUGCAUGUCAAAAUCGGUAGCAAGUUAUCAUCCCUAAAGUUUCCAGAUUCGGUCGAAAUUCUUGAUCUUUCCGAUUGUGACAUUGAGAGCCUCGAAGGCUUCGAGUUCCCUGUGUCUCUCAUAGAGCUCAAGUUGCAGCAUAAUAGGAUCCUAGAAUUGAAGAAUUUGAAGUUUCCAGAACGUCUAAGGGUUCUUAAUGUGAAUUUUAAUGAGACAAAAACAUUUUAUCGUUGUGAUUUUCCCAAUCUGUUUCGAGAAUUAGAUGCAUAUGGUAAUUGUUUUAUCAAUUUAGUUGAAGUAACAUUUCCUGAAUUGGAGGUACUUGAAAUCUCGGCCCGAUCUAAAGGGAAGAUCAAAAAUUUUAGGAGUUUUGAUUUUCCUUCUACUCUUAAAGUGCUUCAAGCUGAUAGUGCUUUUGAAGACUUAUGGCGAACUUCCUUUCCUAAAGGCUUGAGAGAAUUGGAAGUAACCGUCAAGGGAGGGCACCAUAGAUUAUGCUUCCCAUCUGCGUUGGAAAGUCUCAAGCUAACAUUUCCGAAGUCAUGUAAAUCCAAGUUUUCCCACCUUGACCUCCCUGUGACUCUACUAGAGCUUGAGAUAACUAAUGGAAAAUGCAUUGAAUUCGACUGGAAACUACCUUACUUGCAGAAACUAGUUUUGAAGAAUUUCAAAGGUCAAAUUAUCACACCUCCAUCCGUUGAAAGUCUAUCCAUCAGCGUUGAAAUUGGAAAGUGGUUGAAAGGCAUAUCAAUUACCCAGAGGUUGGAGCAAUUUGAAAUAAAUUGUUUGCAUGGCCAGUUUGAUAAAGAGAUUGAUGUUAUAAUUGAGAGCCAAAGCAAAAGAAAACAAUGUACGAUUGAAUUCUUUAUUUAA